AGCACUUUCUGCGUCUCUUUCAGCGGAAAUAAUCCAGCCUAGAGGCAAAAUUCUGUUUCUUGCUGAGAAGAAACGACAUAAAACUAUGCACCAACUAUCACUUUUAUCUGAGAUAAACAGUUCGGAGCUCGUGACUAUUCCGCAGGGGGGAUAAAAACGAGUCUGUGUUAAAGUACCAUCUGCACCAAUCUGGCAACCCUGGUUAUAAUAGCGCCGGUGGCGGUCCCCAAGACUCAGUGAAAGAACAGAAAUGGAGCAGCACUAAUGAGAUGAAGGUAGCCACAGGGACUUGGGAAGAUGGUGAACACGUGAGAAAAAGCAGACUCCAGGAUGAUUCCGGUUAACGAGUUCCGGAACAUUGCAUCGGAACAAAAUCCGCGGUUCCGAGUGCUAAAGCCAUGGUGGGACGUCUUCUCGGAGUACCUCUGCAUAGCCAUGCUAAUGAUUGGCGUCUUCGGAUGCACCAUGCAGUUAAAUAUCUUUCAAUUACAUCCAAAACUACUGUCAGAGCUGUCCGACACCUUCAGAUUGGAGAACUCAACGAGACUGUGCUGACACAGGAAAAGAUCUCCUGUCUCCCUGAUCGCAUCACUGGAGACUCAGAUGAAGACAUGGACUGCAGCUACCUCCAAAAAUCCAGAGAGAACGAUAGCCUAUGGGAGCAUGCCAUCACCAAGAAGAUCGCCCCAAACAUUGUAGAGGUGUUUGGCCGAAAGAACAACCUUGACAUUCACCAGUACAUCUUCAUAAACAGUUACUGCUACGAAAGGGCAGUCCACUGGUACGGCAAGUAUUUCCCCUACCUGGUGGUCAUCCACACCAUGAUCUUUAUGGUAGCAAGCAGUUUUUGGUUCAAAUUCCCCGGGACAUCGUCCAAGAUCGAGCUGUUUGUGUCGAUCCUGGGGAAGUGCUUUGAUUCCCCCUGGACCACUCGAGCAAUUAGUGAGGUAUCUGAGGAGAGAGAAGACAUGGUCACAUGGAAGAAAAACAACACACCAAAAGCAUCAGCAGUGGAAAGCCCUGAUGAGGAGGACAAAUCUGCUGUCUUUAUUCGUUCUACGUCCGUUGUGUCUGACCGGGAAAAGAAUGUGCUGGAGCCUGAGCAUGCUACAUCUGUCCUGGACAAAAAGGAAGGUGAGCAGGCCAAGGCUCUGUUUGAGAAGGUGAGAAAAUUUCAGACUCAUGUAGAAGAAGCAGACCUCCUCUACCUCAUGUAUGUCCUCCAGACCUCCCUCAAGGUGAUCAAAUUUGCCAUCAUCACUAUAUAUAGUGUUUUCCUUGUACCAAAUAUUGAGAUUGUGGUGACUUGUAGAGUCCCGCCAGACCUGACUGGUUUUGGUUUGUUCUGCUGUAAUAACAACAAAGCGCACCUCUUCUCGAAACUAGCCUAUUGUUACAUUGGAUUUGUUGGUGUGUAUGGAUUACUAUGCAUCUAUUCUCUCUACUGGCUCUUCCAUCGACCACUGAAAGCAUACUCCUUCGAGCAUGUGCGUCUGGAGACAGGGAUCAACGACAUCCCUGACGUUAAAAACGACUUUGCAUUCCUCUUGCACCUCAGCGAUCAGUACGACCCUCUCUACUCUAAACGCUUUGCUGUAUUUCUCUCUGAAGUGAGUGAGAGCAGGUUGAGUCAGGUCAACCUCAAUCACGAGUGGCCCAUCAAGAAACUCCGCACACGUCUCUCAAGGAACGCCAGCGACCGCUUAGAACUGCACUUGUUCAUGCUGCCAGGUUUACCCAGCACUGUGUUUGAUGUGCCAGAAGUGGAAUCUCUGAAGCUGGAACAGAUCAAUAACGUAACUAUCCCUGGCACAGUGACCCAACUUGCAGCUUUACAGGAAAUCUCCCUCGUUCACUGUCCUGCCAGACUUCAGCUAGAAGCCCUCACCUACCUACGAGAGAACCUGAAAGUCCUCCGCCUCACCUUUGGCAACUUAGAGCAGGUCCCCUUGUGGAUGUACACUUUAACAAAUCUGGAAGAGCUCCACCUGAGUGGGCCACUCACCAAUGAGCUCCAUCGUGGUGCCACCUUAGACACCUUGCGGGAGCUCAAGAACCUUCGUGUACUGACCUUGCGUAGUAAACUAAUCAAGAUCCCUUCCAGUGUGUUGGAUGUAGGUGGCCAGCUGCUAAGAUUAUGCGUGCACAAUGAGGGCAGCAGGCUUCACUCCUUCAGCAGCCUGAAGAAGCUGCCAAACUUGGCUAUACUGGAGCUGAUUGGCUGCGAACUGGAGCACCUCGCCAGUGCUAUAUUCACCCUCACCAAUCUGCAACAGCUGGAUCUGAAGGAGAACAAGCUUACCACUGUGGAGGAAAUCCUUAGCCUGCAGCACUGCCACCGACUGAGCACGCUCAGACUAUGGUAUAACUCCAUCCACUAUAUCCCCGAGCACAUCAACAAACUGCGCUCACUUGAGACACUCGACAUGAGCUGGAACAAGAUUCAUAGGCUGUCGCUGCACCUUUGCUACUGCACUAAGCUUCGGCACCUGGAUCUCUCCCACAAUCAACUCACCUCACUGCCCCCUGAGAUUGGGAUCCUGCAGAGUCUGUGGCACCUUUCUGUAGCUUACAACUCGCUGGAAGUGCUCCCAGAGGAGCUGUUCUCCUGUAAAAGGCUGAGGACUCUUGAGCUGGGGAAUAACAGUAUUGCCUUUUUGUCUCCGAGGGUUGGGAACUUGGCCCACUUGGUGUAUCUGGAACUAAAGGGUAACAGGAUGGAGUCUUUGCCUGUCGAGAUAGUUGACUGCAACCUACUGAAGUUGACUGGGCUCAUCGUAGAGGAGAGUCUGAUUGAUAUGUUGCCUUCUUAUGUAAAAGAUAGAAUGAAGGAGAGGUGAUUCAUUGAUAUUCACAUUUGAGUUUGAAAACCAGAGCAUAUUCCGUACAAAGAAAGAUGCAUCACUGGAUCUAGAACUCAAACGUGUCAAAUAACUUGGGUCUGACGAAUUUUUUUGAAAUUUUUAUUUACCUCUCUAUGUAGGAAAAAAGAAACACACACUACAUAUUGCAUUUCAGAUGAGCAGUUCGAUUUAAUGGAUGUUAUUUAUUGUAAUUGCUGCAUUGAAGUGCCUUAGCAAAAGUUUGUAUCUUUUUUUUAAAUAAAAUGUUUCGUACACUUUA